UACUUUUUGAAAUAAGAUGUGAUCUCCAUCGCAAAUUGUUGAUAUGUUGGUGUGGACGAAAAGGCGAAUACGACGAAGAAGAUCGUAAUUUUGCAGGACAGUAAUUGUGCCUCGUCAUCUUUCUAGUGAACAUCUAUUCAGUUAAUACAGCAUGUUUACGUGAUCGAGCCCGGAUAGUUCGCGAAAUACUUCGCAAGAGAAUCUUCAAAUCUUUCAAAGACACCAAAGUUGAGAUGCCAUAUUCCUGCCCAUUCACAGAAGAGCGAGAUGUCUACAUUAUACAAGAACGGCAGAAAUUCAUGAAGACUUUAACCAAAUGGCAUUGCUCCUUCUGUGGCAAAGAAUUCUAUGGAGAAAACUAUCUCGACAAACACUUUGAUAACAGACACCCACAAUAUGUCCGAACGGGGAAUGACUCGAUGUGUCUGGCAGACUAUUGUGAUAUCUUCCGUUGUGAAAUACUUUCUGGUGCUCUGGAACCAAACUAUUGGGACAUGGCGUUGUGUCUUGAAGAUGAUAUGUUUGAGCUUCAACAGAAAUGCAUGGAAAUAAUCAAAGAAUGCAUCCCCUCCACAGCAUCUACAAAUUCAUCAAGACAUAUUCAAGAUGUGUUUUCCAAUGAAGUUUGCUCAUUCUUAGAUUGUCGCCGUUACUGGGAAGCACCAUUUCCUCAAGGGGCCUCCAUUGGAACAGCAGCAUACAUUAUAAUGUCCGUGAUUCUGAUGUUUUUCCUGAGUCUCUACUACUGCAUAGCUUACCAUUAUUUUUACGUGCAAGAGUGGAGACUACAUUGGUUUGGAGAUGAGGUGCGUAUGAAUGAAGACAGCUUUGUAAAGAGGUACCAGUCACUGAAAGUGGAUGGUACCUAUAGAAGACGGAGACCCAACAGGAUACGAGAUGAAGUGGUGAGGACCAAUCUCGAGAUGUUGGGACUCACGGAGCAAAUGAGAACGGACCGAGAUGUCUGGCGAUAUGAGGCUCUAGAGACGACCCACCCACGUCUGCGAAACUGAGUUCUGGAAGCUUUGUGUUCCAGCCACACAUAACAAUAAAAUUUUCAUACACCCUACUCCCCCCCCCACUAAUAAACCAAACUACAUCUCCUCUUCCUCAUAUUUCCUCUUCAUACAUUAUGAUUAUCUCCCACUCCCCAAUCCUGUUCUCGCUGUAUCAUUUGCUAUCCCCACCCCCUCCUUAUACCCAGGUUCUCGUCAAUCACUGCAUUCCCCACCCUCUACUCGUGCCCUUUCUUGGCAAUACCCUGCCAUGUAUUUCAUACCUUGACGUAUGCCCUGCCACUUGCCACGAUUUAUCUCUCUCUUCUUUACUCGACCAUCCCAUCUAUGCUCUGAUCCCUGUUCCCUGGCACCUCACCAUCAUUUCUCUCCUACUAUCCCCUUCUCUUGCUCUUCUCUCUGGCUAGGUAACCAUGUAUCUCCUUUACAGCAGCACAUCUGUUUCUGUCCCCUUUCUUAUUAACUCUCACUCACUCACGCCCUCUCUCUUCUCUCUCUCUCUCUCUCUCUCCCUGUGGCUAGGUAACCAUGUACUCCCUUUACAGCAAGUCACCCAUUUCUCUCUUUCUCUCUCUCUCUCUCUCUCACAAUCUAACCAUUCAUCAUCUGACACAAGAUCAUCUCCUCCAAUUCCCCGUCCCCUCUCAAAGAUUCCUUGUCUUGCAAGUUACUCAGUGACCUCUGCCAGUGCUGGUGCCACGUGAAAAGCAUCCAGUCCACACUGUAAAGUGGUUGGCAUUUGGAAGGGCAUCCAGCUGUAAAAACCAUGCCAAAAACUGACCUCACCUGUGUUGGUGCCACAUAAAAAGCACUCAGCCCACUCUGCGAAAUGGUUGGUGUUAGGAAGGGCAUCCAGCCAUAAAAACCGUGCCAAAACAGACACAGAAAUCUGAUGUAGUCUUCCACCUGGCCAGCUCCUGUCAAACCAUCCAACCCAUGCCAGCAUGGAAAACGGAUCUUAAACGAUGAUGGUGAUUUGUUAUGGAUCUUCUAUAAGUGUGAAGCUGUAUACAUUAAUUUGCCAUUUAUAUAUACAAAGACCGAGAAGAAAUCUUGCGAAACAGAGUUCAUUUUAACGAGAUACCUUUUGAAAUCACCUGAGGACACACAUUUACACCGAGGGAUACACCUAAAUCAUGUUCAGUAUCUCAACAGUGAGGGCUCCGUGCCAGAUGGGUUGAAACAAUUGUAAUGAUCAAUAAAGAAUCUCAUAUCUUC